AUGUCAGUCUUGCCAACUGCGAAGGAAGCCGCCAAGAGGGUAGGACUCGGAGAGGAUCGCAUCAUCCUUCUUGGAGACCAGCAUGAUCCGGAACUCAAGAUCGAGCAUUUCACUUCAAUCAGAAAUAUCACUGGGUUGACCAAGCGCCGGGCAGCAAUUAUCGAGCCCUCGAAAACUUGCAUAUUUAUUGUCUAUUUGUCAGGAACAACGGGAGUCCCCAAGAGAGUUUUCCUCUCCCAUCGAAAUUUUCUUUCCAAUGUUCCUCAGCCAAGUGCUGGAGAGGGUGGUCACCUUGCUUGGGAUAAUCUCGACGGAAAUGCUGAUGGGUGCUAG